AUGUUAUUCGACAAAGCCAAAGGACGAAAAUGGGAGCCUGGUAUGGACCUCCCACGGGGAGGUAGACCGAAAUUACGGAUAAAGACGGAUGACCUUGAAAAAUGCCCUAGAGAUGGCGAAGGUACACUCGAUAAUCCUAUGGUGAUUUGGGCUGCUCGCUUGACGAAAAAACAACAACAGGAACUGUCAAUCCCCGAGUUUGAGGACGAAGCAGACCUAUACCGUGCGAUCGAUGCUAAUACCGAUAUAGCAAAGACAGUAGCUGUGAGGUCCGGAUGUACAGUUGUGUGGAUAAUUUGUCCAGUUCACACUAGUAAGUAUGUUUAUGACAAUGGCGAAAGGGUGCCGACGAAGUGGGACGACGCUGGAAAUCCAACUGAUUAUCUCGUCGUGGAGGCCGAUCCACAUAUGACUUUGAGACUGGGCACGAGCGAGGAUGUAUGUCGCCUCCAUGGACACGCCAAUGUACUUGUAGAUGAGAGAGGAUUUCCAACAACAUUUACAACCGGAUUCCAGAGACGUUGCAAUGGACGUCUCACUGACGGCGACCAUAGGGUCCUUGAGCUUUUCGAAUGGACCGAGGAAUCUUCGACUGAGGAAUAUUUCCGUCAGGCAAAUACAGACUACGAACUCUUUAAGACCUUAACUAUGCGAGGUGAAGGGUGGGAAAUCGACGAUCUAGGAGACGAAGAUACCGACUAUAAGCCACCUGAUCACAUAGAGACCAUACUAGAAAAUGAUGCUAAGUAUGUACCUGUGGUAGACGAAGAAGCUGAAUAUCUUAACCCUGCACUUGAGGAUUAUAUCAUCCAUGAGUGGAGCCCUUACCAAAUGUAUCCUAGAAGACCAAGGAUUGAAGGUUAUAUUUCUACUCGCAAUUUUGGUUAUAGUAUUCGGCAAUCUAAGUAUAGGUCUUCUAACCUAUCUCGAUAUUUCAAUCAGCACCCUAAGGUUACUUGGCAUUAGUAAGGACGUAAGACAUUGAGCUUGUAAGAAACAGUAAUGAUUAUAACAGGUAGCUAAUAUUUUUAAUGGGAUUUAAAUUAUACAAAAUAUCUAGUAUUUUAAUCUAAAGUCGUUCCAGUGAAAGAUUAUAUACAAGGAUUAAGGAGCUAUCGAUUUAAGUUGUGCUUGGACUCACCUAACCUAGGUAGGUAAGUUAUAAAUACGCUGAAUAAAUAUAUUUCGUUAGAAUUGCAAGCACUAUUUCGCUAUCAUGAAAUAGUCAUGUCUUGUGACCAAUAUAUUCUCAUUCCAUAUUAGAUCGAAAACCUAGGCCGCCAUCGGAAGGAAAUCGUAAUAUCACACGACGUAGCUGGGACGUUGCUUCUCACGAUCUUGUAUCUCCUCGGAGUUGGAG